AUGAUUCUGCUUUUCCUCAAUCCGGUUGACUUUUUGAAGGAGGAGGCGGAUUGUAGGAUCGGUAGGAGGGAGGUUGGUCCUGAAGGGUUCUGCCGUUUGGGGGCCGGUCGAGAGGUGACCCUCGUGUCCUUGUGUCUCGUGGCCUGUCCUCGGACGUCCCUAUCGCCGAUCGUUCCUUCUGGCCGAUCCGAAUGUCGUCGACUGGCGUGA